ACACAAAGAACAUUGGGGAUUUACCGAAAAUGACCAUUGGAAUAAUCAAAACAAGGAGAAACUUCAGAGAACCCUUCAAGAGUUUAUUCACAGAAACAUAAACAAUGUUUAUAGUGAAACCUAUAGGAAUCAAGAUGCGUACUUUAUAGUUGACUCUGUAUCUCAUAACGGUGUUAUAAUUUACCGUGGAGGAGAUAAAGAUUAUCAACUAUGGUCUGGAUGGAAACUGAGUGAUACUCAAUACAACCAAGUAACACAACCACCAUUCAAAUUAUGUGCAGUCGUACUUACAGUAUAUGAAGACAUCCUUGAUGGAAUUGCCAACUCGGAAGUUGAAAGGGAUGAUUUACUUAAACGAUUUUUAAAAGUUUACUUGCAUGAUAAAAACAGUUAUAGUGAUGAAGUAUAUAACCAAAUUGCAGAUUUUUUUGAACUGGCUGAAAGUUACAUUCCAUUAUCGUUUGAAGGAAGAGAUGAAGUGACACCAGAAGACAAUUAUGAACUUGACUACGAAAAAAUAAAGAAGAAGGCAAAAGAUAUUUUGGGGGCACUUGAAAAAUUAGCAAUUUGA